GAUGUCAGCACCUGUCUAUGUAUGCAGUUCGCCACGUUGGAAGAGUUAACGGCUGAUAGCAAUCUGCUUGACAUAACUAAAACUAUUUUAUAUCAAUCUUAGAAUACUUUUCUUCACUCGAUUAUAUUAAGACAUCAAAGAUGAAGGUUAAGGAGUUAUUAAAAACUGUCAAUGUGGCAUGGUCACCACCAGCUCAAUAUCCAAUUUUAUUAGCUGCUGGAACUGCAGCUCAACAGCUGGAUGCCAGUUUUAAUACUUCUGCUAGUCUUGAUUUAUAUUCAAUUAAUUUACAACAACCAGGAUAUGAAAUGGAAUUGAAAGCCAGUGUGGCCAGUGAACACAGAUAUCAUAAAAUAAUUUGGGGAGCAUACGGUAAUAAUCCAGCAGGUAUAAUUGUUGGUGGUUGUGAUUAUGGUGUAAUACAAAUCUAUUCUGCAUCUAAAAUGUUAAACAAUGAAAACAAUUGUUUAAUAAGUAGUCCUGAUAGACAUACAGGACCAGUAAGGGCAAUGGAUUUUAAUCCCUUUCAAGCAAAUUUAUUAGCAACUGGUGCAACUGAAAGCCAAAUUUAUAUAUGGGAUGUCGUAAAUGUUAACACUCCGAUGAAGCCUGGAUCUGAAAGUCAACCAUUAGAAGAUGUUCAAUAUAUUGCAUGGAAUAAACAAGUACAACAUAUUCUUGCCUCAACAUUUUUACAACGCUGUGUUAUAUGGGAUUUAAGAAAAAAUGAACCAAUAAUCAAACUAACAGAUGCCAAUUCAAAGGUACGAUGGAAAGUAGUUCAAUGGCAUCCUAAUGUUGCGACACAAUUAUGCUUAGCAUCAGAAGAUGAUCAAGCACCUGUUAUUGAAUUAUGGGAUUUAAGAUUUGCCACAUCACCUUUGAAAACAUUACAAAAUCAUCAACGAGGUGUUCUUUCAAUAGCAUGGAAUCCUCAUGAUCCAGAUCUUCUUUUAAGUUGUGCAAAAGAUAACAGAAUUUUAUGUUGGAAUCCAAAUUCAAAUGAACCGAAUGGAGAAGUAAUAUGUGAAUUAACGCAAACAAAUCAAUGGAACUUUGAUGUCUCAUGGUGUCCACGUCAUCCAGGUUUAAUUGUUGGAACUAGUUUCGAUGGUCAUGCAGCUGUCUAUUCUUUACUUGGUGGAAGACAAGAAGUAUCUAAUGAAACAUCGAACAAAAUUGUUGAUUCAUUUCCAGGAAUGGAUCCUUUUACACAACCCCAUCCUACAGCUCAAACAGAAUCAAUUGCAGUUUUGACAAAAGCACCAAAAUGGUUGAAGAGACCUUUUGGAGCAUCAUUUGGUUUUGGUGGUAAAUUAAUCAUUUUUGAAAAUGAAACACCAGAUCCAAAUUUACCUAUGAAUUCAAACAGAAAAGUAUUAAUAUCACAAGUAAUUACACAACCAGAUCUCAUUCAAAGAUCAAAUGAAUUAGAAGAUACUCUAAAGAGUGAACAAUAUGCCGAUUAUUGUAAAGGAAAAAUCGAUAAUGCAACAGAUGAACAUACUAAAAAAAUUUGGAGUUGUGUUAAAGCAUAUUUUAACAAUAAUGUCACAAAAGACAUAUUGGAUUUAUUGGGAUAUAAUAUAGAAGCAAUGAAUAACAAUUUAAAUCAAUAUAUACCUCAGGAUGAAAUAAAUACACUUGCAGGAGGUAUUGCUAAUCUUAACAAUAUAACAAAUGGUAACAUUGAUGGAGGUGCAGUAUUUGAUGCUAUUGUUCAAGAACAACAUAAAAAAUCUACUACAGCUUCUGCAAUGUCUGCAAAUAAUAAUUUCAAAAUAAAUAUUUCUGAUGAUGAUGAUGGACUUAUUGCACAAGCAAUUCUUUUGGGAAAUAUUGAAGCUGCUGUAUCUUUAUGUUUUAAAAGUAAAAGAUAUGCAGAUGCAGUUAUUCUUUCCAUGACCGGAGGACCCGAAUUAUUAGCAAAAACUCAAUAUAGGUAUUUCUCAGAACAUUCUGGUGCACUUAAUUCAAUUAUAAAUUCAUUAGUUAGUGAAAAUUGGACUGACAUUGUUAAAAAUGUUGAUAUCAACUGCUGGAAAGAAGUACUGAUAGGUAUAUUUACACAUGGUCAAGAACGAUCAAUGUUGUGUGACAUGUUGGGAGAUCGUUUAGCAUCUAGCGAAAAUCCUGAUUUAAAAAAACAAGCUCAGAUAUGUUAUAUCUGUUCUGGUAAUUUGAAUAAAUUAAUAGAAGCAUCUGGAGCUGAAGUUCAAGAAAUUGUGGAAUUGAUAAUGAUUAUGCAAAAAGCUUUAGAAUUUCAAGGUAUUAGAAGAACUGAUGUUGACGGUAAAAUUGCUAAUGUUCUAACUCAAUAUGCUGAAAUGCUAGCAGCAGAAGGAAAUCUUGAAUCUGCUCUGAGUUAUCUUGAUAAUAGCAAGGAACAAAAUACCAAGGAUUUAAAAAAUAGGCUUUGUAGAGCUUUAGGUUAUAUUGAAGAGUCCAAAAGAAUCAUAGAGAAAGCACCAAUAAAACAAAGUUAUAACGAACAAACUCAUAGACCUUUACAAAAUCAGAAUUUUCAAAAUACAUAUAAUCCAUUAUCACAAACUACAUCAGCAAUUGGUGGAUCUUCUAAUUACAAUUGGAAUGCGACUCCUAUUAAACAAUCAUUUGGAACAACAACAGCUCCGUAUAAUAUUCAAUCAACACAAUCUUUUGUAACACCUUCUGCUCAUACUCAAACACAAUCGGCGCAUUACGAUCAAUAUCCAACAGGACGCCCAUAUGGACAACAAAGCAGUUUACAGUCCCCUCCUCCGCCCCCUCCUACAUCUGGAUCAAAUACUACUAGUAAUUCAAGACCGUCUAGUGUUGGACCUCAAUCAAGAUCCAAAUAUCUUAUAGAUCCAUCUGUAAAAUCUACGCCAUCGUAUGGUCAAAGUACUUUUCAACAACCGUUUACUCAACAACCACAAUCAUUUUCUUCUCAACAACAAACUGGAUCUAUACCAGGAUACAAUGUACAGUAUCCAUAUCAGACACAAGCACCUGUUCCUGGCAACACAUAUCCAGGUCAAUCACAUAAUUUCAUGAACAUACCAUCAAAAGAAACAGAAUCUUUUAAACCACCGUUAUCAUCUAGUAUGAUGUCUAUGUCUCAAAAUUCUUCUCAAGUAGACCCAUAUAAUCAAUACAAUCCGGAACCGAUUUCCCAAAUGUCAGCAUACAGCAAUGAAAGUAGUUAUAAUUCAAUGUCACAAUCAUCUGGAUGGAAUGACCCACCAAUGGCCAAAAGUUCUAGAGCACAGCCAAUAUUGGCACUACACAACAAAAGUGAAAUGUUUGCGGAACAUGCUGGUACACGGAAAUGGAAAGCAAAACAUUUGAAGAAUAUAAAUGUAAAGGCAAAAUAUGAAUUUCAAAGUCCAAUACUACAUCCUUUAAGAAAUACAAUUCCACAACCUGAGCCUAAUAUAUUACCACAAGAUAAUUAUUACAAUGAGUCUCAGACACCUUAUAAUCCACAACAAUAUGUUCAUAACAUUCCAAGUGCUGGUACUCAAUAUAAUAAACCUGUUGAUAUUGCACAACCUGUAACAGUAGCAAAAGCUAUGGAACCUGAGAAAGCAAAACCACCAAUACCUGAGGAACAUAUGCAUUUGAAAACGGUAUUCGAUGAACUAAAAAUGCGAUGCUUUGAAAGCGCUAAAAAUCCGCAAAUUAAAAGAAAGAUAGAAGAUGUAUCUAAAAAAUUGGAAAUACUUUAUGAUUGUCUCAGAGAAAAUAGAUUAUCACAAAAUACCAUUCAAGGAUUACAUCAAAUAUCAGAGAUGGUACAAAGUGGAAAUUACUCUAGUGGUCUAAGUUUGCACACGCAACUAGUAUCAGGUCCAGAUUUUAGUCAGAUAUCUUCUUUCAUGCCUGGUAUCAAAGUAUUACUUCAAAGUGCCCUUCAGUUAGGAAUUUACAUUAGAUAAAAUAUGAUAUACUGAAAAUAUACGGUAGACAUCCUCGUUAUAAAGGUUUAUAUUUUAUCAUCUUUCAUGAAAAAAAAAAAAACAUACUUUAUUCUACAUCGAAAAAAGUAUAUGUCUUUUUAAUUUCUUUAUUACAUCAUUUACAGUUAAUAACAUUAAUAUAAUUUAUGGAGUUUAUAUUUUUCACUCUUCUGCAACUGUACCUAAAUUUCGACACAAUCUUGUAGCCUUUCUUUUUUUUCGUAUUGUAAUAUAUUAAUGAGUAGUUACAAGACCAUAAGGAAAGCUAUAUUGAUAUUUUAUAACUGUUUUUUAUAUAAAUUAUUUGCUUCAUUGGUUUUAAUUUAAAAGAAAUGUAUAUAAGCAAUAUUUAAGUUGAUUUUGAAUAAUGAAGGUAAAAAGCUUAUUUUUGUAUACAAAAUAUUCUUCUGGUAUGUUUC